GAUUGGUCCUCAUUUGUUUUGGUGGUGGGGGAAAAGAAUCUCCACUUCAAGUUCUCUAGCAAUCUGGCAUCGGACACCAUCCAUUAUUGCAAUUAGAAAAUCUGAAUUCAUAUCUCAAAAUAGAUGCUGGCCAUACACACAGGGCCCAAGCCAUGGCACCAACAUACUGCAACAGCUCUGCAGACAUCUUCUUCAUCUCUUUUGUGCAAACGCAAAAUUCUUCCAUUAAGAAUUGCAAGUACUCUAAAUGAAAACAAACCACAAGAAUCUUCAGCAGGCAAAAUUAGGAGGCUCGCUCUCACCCAAGAAGGGAGAAUAAAACUUAACACAUACCCUGAUAGAGAAUUCUAUUCUGUUCCAAGGUUUGUGACUCAUGUUGAUGAUGGCUUCAUUUCCACACUAACUGACCUUUAUAAAGAAAGACUCAGACCUGGUUCAGAGAUUCUUGAUCUUAUGAGUUCUUGGGUUAGCCAUCUGCCUAAAGAUGUGAAGUAUAAAAGAGUAGUGGGACAUGGACUUAAUGCACAAGAGCUUGCCAAGAACCCAAGGCUGGAUUACUUUAUUGUGAAAGAUCUCAAUCAAAGUCAGAAACUGGAAUUUGAGACCGGUAGUUUUGACUCGGUGAUAUGCACGGUUAGUGUGCAGUACCUUCAACAUCCUGAGAAGGUAUUUGCAGAGGUGUUUCGAGUUUUAAGGCCUGGAGGGAUGUUUAUCGUCAGCUUCAGCAAUCGUAUGUUCUACGAGAAAGCCAUUGGAGCAUGGAGAGAUGGCACUGCAUACAGUCGUGUACAACUAGUAGUGCAAUAUUUCCAAUGCAUUGAAGGCUUCACUCAACCGGAAAUCGUUCGUAAACUUCCAGCUACAAGCGGUGCUCAAGAGGAUAAAUCACUCAUCAAUUGGCUGAUGCGGUUGCUAGGAUUGUUGUCUGGAUCAGACCCUUUCUAUGCAGUCAUAGCUCACAAGAACUUCAAACCUGUGUAUGAAUGAUCCUAUCAUUCACAGUCGCGUUCUUGGAUCCUCAAGGCUCCUAUAGAGUAUUAUUAUCAAGGCCAUUAAUAAGCAGUAUGUAAAUCCUGUUCUGUGAUAAAUUAUUUAAUCAAGCUUUGAGUGAAAGGAUAUUGGUGGUUUCUUCCCUGAUCCAUCAAUAUGCAAGUGUGUUUGAACCCAGACAGAAAAUAAAAGAGUUGAUUCCGAUU